UUCCGCCGGACUGGCCCUAAGACAGGCAGCCGUUGGCUGUUGAGCGAGCCGUGCGAGCGCGCCUAACGGAGAACGGGGAGCGCAGCGCGGAUAGGGGGCGGGAGCGCGCUCCCGGAAGCCAGCCGGGAGUCCUGGCCCUGCCACCGAGGCUACUUCCCGGAGCCAGUUAGUUCACGUGGGUCCUGACCGUGGGCAACGACGGCGGAGGCCGACGGGAGGUUGUCCACAGCGCCAGGCGCAGGAGCUACAUGAUGUGAACUGUAAAAUCUCUUGUUUCAUGCUUGGGAUGGGAGCAGAGAGGCAGGUGGCUCUGGAGUGUCUGGUGUGGUAUUGAUAGCCAACUAGCUGUGCCACUGUGUUAUGAUGCCGUCUCGUACCAACCUGGCAACUGGAAUCCCCAGUAGUAAAGUAAAAUAUUCAAGGCUUUCCAGCACAGACGAUGGCUACAUUGACCUGCAGUUUAAAAAAAGUCCUCCUAAGAUCCCUUACAAGGCCAUUGCCCUUGCCACCGUGCUGUUUUUGAUUGGCACCUUUCUCAUAAUCAUAGGCUCUCUCCUGCUGUCCGGCUACAUCGGCAAAGGGGGGGCAGACCGAGCUGUUCCUGUCCUCAUCAUUGGCAUUUUGGUGUUCCUGCCAGGAUUUUACCAUUUGCGCAUCGCCUACUAUGCAUCCAAAGGCUACCGGGGUUACUCCUAUGAUGACAUUCCAGACUUUGACGACUAGCAUUCACCUCAGCCUUGAGAAGAGUCACUGUGCAUCCACUUUAAGACAUCAAGCAAGGACUAUGGCUAAGGGCUGAGGAAGUCUACAAUUUGCAGAUGUUUAGCAAAACAAUGGCCAGAUUGUAUGAGUUCUUUUCCAAAAUGCUCAUGCUUUAUAAUUAGCUAAUUAGGACAUGGUAUGUUUUCAUCUCCUGGCCCUGGCAAAGCUUGACAAGUUUUUCCACAGGAGUGUGCAUCAUGUAAGAGUUGUGAGGCUAUUGUCUGGGAAGGAAGCCUAUUCUGUAGCGGAAGGAGUUGCCCUCCUUAGAGGAACCUUUCUUUUGUCUUCCAUUGUCUGCUUACUUUUGUAGCAUAUGGGAAAUGUAUUAUGUCUAGUUUCUUAUUACUAUGUAAUUUAUUUUUAAAAUUACCUAUCUUUUUCUCUCACACUCUCCUCUACCAUUAUAUCCUAGUAAAAUUAAAGUAUCUGUCUUAUCCCUUAUAUGCUCCUCUACUGUCAUACCCCAGUAAAACCAAAUAUCUGAGGAUCCAUCUGUAAUUGGCUUUUUUAAAAUUGACAGCAAUCUGGAAAUUUUAAGCCAUGAAGCUGGGUAUCAUGACACACAGCAUGAUCCCAGCACUUGGGCAGCAGAGCCUGGUGGAUCUCUAUGGGUUCAAGGCCAGCCUGGUCUACAUAGAGUUUUAGGACAACCAAGGCUACCUAGUGAGACCCUGUCUCAGAAAAAGGGAAACUUCCUCUGGUUUCUCCAUAGCUUGCCCACCACAGAACUCAGGUGAAUCUGUCCUUCAUAGGUCAAGAAAUUGUGUGAAUCAUACCUUAAGGACUAGACUUUGGCUGUUUCUUUGUAAAACUGUAGAUAAGUGUACUUAAGAGUUUAUAACCCUACUGCUGGCACCUGGUACUAUGAUAUCAUUCUGCUAAAGAUUGCAAGACUUGGCCAAGAUCCCUGAAAAUGUAUUAAGUCAGAUCUGGUUCUCAGCUUAUAAAAAGUGACAUUUUUUUUUCUAAA